AUGGUCGUGGACGUGAACGUGGACGUGGACGUGGACGUGGUCGUGGAGGACGUGGACGUGGUCGUAGAGGACAAGGACGUGGACGUGGACCUGGACGUGGACGUGGACCUGGACGUGGUCGUGGACGUGGACGUGGUCGUGGACGUGGAUGUGUUCGUGGACGUGGACAUGGACGUGGACGUGGACUUGGACGUGGACGUGGACGUGGACCUGGACGUGGACGUGGACGUGGACGUGGUCGUGGACGUAGACGUGGUCGUGGACGUGGACGUGGACGUGGACGUGGUCGUGGACGUGGACGUGGUCAUGGACGUGGACGUGGACCUGGACGUGAUAGUGGACGUGGACGUGGACGUGGAGGACGUGGACGUGGAGGAUGUGGACGUGGACGUGGAAGACGUGGACGUGGACGUGGACGUGGUCGUGGUGGAGGACGUGGACGUGGACGUGGACGUGGUGGAGGACGUGGACGUGGACGUGGUCGUGAACGUGGACCUGGACGUUGACGUGGAGGACGUGGACGUGGACCUGGAUGUUGACGUGGAGGACGUGGACGUGGAGGACGUGGACGUGGACGUGGAGGACGUGGACGUGGAUGUGGACGUGGACAUGGAUGUGGAUGUGGACGUGGUCGUGGACGUGGAGGUGGACAUGGUCAUGGACGUGGACGUGGAGGACUUGGACGUGGACGUGGACGUGGACGUGGAGGACUUGGACGUGGAUGUGGAUGUGGACGUGGACUUGGACGUGGACGUGGACGUGGACCUGGACGUGGAUGUGGACGUGGACGUUGACCUGGACCUGGACUUGGACGUGGACGUGGACGUGGACGUGGACUUGGACGUGGACGUGGUCGUGGACGCGGACCUGGACGUGGACGUGGACGUGGUCGUGGACGUAGUCGUGGUCGUGGACGUGGAGGACGUGGUCGUGGACGUGGACGUGGACGUGGACGUGAACGCGGUUGUGGUCGUGGACGUGGUCGUAGACGUGGACGUGGUCGUCCACGAAUUGGACGUGGACGUGGACAUGGACGUGGUCGUGGACGUGGAGGACUUGGACGUGGACGUCGAUGUGGACGUGGACCUGGACGUGGACGUGGACGUGGACGUGGUCAUGGACGUGGACGUGGUCCUGGAGGACGUGGACGUGGACGUGGACGUGGACGUGGUCGACGUGGACGUGGACGUGGAGGUGGACGUGGACAUGGACGUGGACGUGGACGUGGACGUGGUCGUGGACGUGGAGGACUUGGACGUGGUCAUGGACAUGGACGUGGACGUGGACGUGGACGUGGACCUGGAGGUGGUCGUGGAUGUGGACGUGGUUGUGGACGUGGACGUGGACCUGGACGUGGACGUGGACCAGGACGUCGACGUGGAUGUGGACCUGGACUUGGACGUGGAUGUGGAUGUGGACGUGGUCGACGAUGACGUGGACGUGGACAUGGACGUGGACAUGGACGUUGACGUGGACGUGGACGUGGACGUGGAAGUGGACGUGGACGUGGACGUGGAAGUGGACAUGGACGUGGACAUGGACGUGGACGUGGACGUGGACGUGGACAUGGAUGUGGACAUGGACGUGGAUGUGGACAUGGACGUGGACGUGGACGUGGACAUGGACGUGGACAUGGACGUUGACGUGGUCGUGGACAUGGUCGUGGACGUGGACGUGGACGUUGAUAAGGUCGUGGACGUGGACGUUGACGUUGACGUGGACGUGGACGUGGACGUGGACGUGGUCGUGGAUGUGGAGGACUUGGACGUAGACAUGGACGUGGAUGUGGACGUGGUCGUGGACGUGGAAGUGGACGUGGUCGUGGUCGUGGUCGUAGACGUGGACGUGGUCGUGGACGUUGACGUGGACGUGGACAUGGACGUGGACAUGGACGUUGACGUGGACGUGGACGUGGACGUGGACGUGGACAUGGUCGUGGACGUGGACGUGGAGGACUUGGACGUGGACAUGGACGUGGACGUGGACGUGGACGUGGACAUGGACGUGGACGUGGACAUGGACGUUGACGUGGACGUGGACAUGGACGUGGACGUGGACGUCGACGUGGACGUGGACGUGGACGUCGACAUGGACGUGGACGUGGACAUGGACGUGGACGUGGACGCGGACGUGGACGUGGACGUGGACGUGGACAUGGACGCGGACAUGGACGUGGACGUGGACGUGGUCGUGGAUGUGGUCGUGGACGUGGACAUGGACGCGGACAUGGACGUGGACGUGGACGUGGUCGUGGAUGUGGUCGUGGACGUGGACAUGGACGUGGACGUGGACGUGGACAUGGUCGUGGACCUGGUUGUGGACGUGGACGUGGACGUGGACGUGGACGUGGACUUGGACGUGGACGUGGACGUGGAGGUUGACGUGGACAUGGACGUGGACGUGGACGUGGACGUGGACGUGGACGUGGACGUGGAGGACUUGGACGUGGACAUGGACGUGGACGUGGACGUGGACGUGGACGUGGACGUGGACGUGGAGUACUUGGACGUGGACAUGGACGUGGACGUGGACGUGGACAUGGACGUGGACUUGGACGUGGAUGUGGAGGACAUGGACGUGGACAUGGACGUGGACGUGGACGUGGACAUGGACGUGGACAUGGACGUGGACGUGGACGUGGACGUGGACGUGGACGUGGACGUGGACAUGGACGUGGACGUGGACGUGGACGUGGACGUGGACAUGGACAUGGACGUGGACGUGGAGGACUUGGACGUGGAGGUGGACGUGGACGUGGACGUGGACGUGGACGUGGAGGUGGACGUGGAGGUGGACGUGGACGUGGACGUGGACGUGGACGUGGAGGUGGACAUGGACGUGGACAUGGACGUGGACGUGGACAUGGACAUCGACGUGGUCGUGGACGUAGACGUGGACGUGGACAUGGACGUUGACGUGGACGUGGACGUGGACGUGGACGUGGACGUGGAGGUGGACGUGGAUGUGGACGUGGACGUGGACGUGGACGUGGACAUGGACGUGAGAGUGGACGUGGACGUGGACGUGGAAGUGGACGUGGAAGUGGACGUGGAAGUGGACGUGGACGUGGACAUGGUCGUGGACGUGGACGUGGACGUGGAGGUGGACGUGGACAUGGACGUGGACGUGGUCGUGGACGUCGACGUGGACAUGGACGUGGACGUGGAAGUGGACAUGGACGUGGACGUGGACGUGGACGUGGACGUGGACAUGGUCAUGGACGUGGACGUGGACAUGGACGUGGACAUCGACGUGGACGUGGACAUGGACGUGGACAUGGAUGUGGACGUAGACGUGGACGUGGACGUGGACGUGGACGUGGACGUGGACGUGGAGGACCUGGACGUGGACAUGGACGUGGACGUGGAUGGGACGUAA